AAAUACCCGAGUCCUCAUCCACUCACUCAUCUUAGCCUACCUACAUGUUAUUUAGAUUUCUAAGAAGUUUAACUUUUUUAGUUUUCUAAUUAGUAUUUAAGGCAUUAUUAAGGUUAAAGCAGAGAUUUAAGUAUAAUAAUUUUAUUAACUGAAACGUAAAGAAGCCGAUACCGAUAAAAUAUAGACAGUAAGUAAGUUAGUUUUAUCGCAACAGAGAUAAAAAUAUCCGCGGAGCAUUUUUUCGAAUCGAGGAGAAAAUUUUCGCUGCUCCAUAAGAAGUGAAGUGCGAUUUUGGCGGAAGAAGAAGAAGAAUAGUCAGUGCUCUGCCGCCGCGCGUGUGUGAAAGAAGAAGAAGAAGAUUUUCGGGAAGUGCGUCGUGGUUUGUUUGUGGCCAGACCAGCAGCAGCAAAAUUAGUGCAUUCGGCCGGAGGAUGCAUCCGUCGAAGAAGAUGAACGCGGCGGAAUUGGACGACCACGAGAAGGGCAAACUGUUCGUCGGCGGCCUGUCGUGGGAAACGACGCAGGAGAACCUUCAGCGCUACUUUGGACGGUAUGGCGAAGUCAUUGACUGUGUGGUCAUGAAGAACAACGAGACGGGUCGUUCCCGUGGAUUCGGGUUCGUGACAUUCGCGGAUCCGGACAACGUUGACCGCGCGCUGGAAAACGGUCCGCAUACGCUGGACGGGCGAACAAUUGACCCGAAGCCGUGCAACCCAAGGUCACUGCACAAGCCGAAGCGCACCGGAGGUUACCCAAAGGUAUUUCUGGGUGGUCUUCCGCCGAACAUAACCGAGACGGAUCUGAGAAGCUUCUUCAGUCGGUACGGCACCGUGAUGGAAGUGGUCAUCAUGUACGAUCAGGAGAAGAAGAAGAGCCGCGGAUUUGGGUUCCUUUCGUUUGAGAACGAACCAGCAGUGGAACGCGCCACGGCGGAACAUUUUGUCAACAUCAGUGGCAAGCAGGUAGAGAUUAAGAAGGCGGAACCCCGGGACGGCAGCGGCAACAACAACAGCAUGAACGCCGAUUCCUACCAAUGGGGAUCGCCACAGGCUCCCCCGAUGGGAAAUGGCCAGAUGGGAGGCCCCCCAAUCAACAUGCAGUCGAACAUGAUGCAGGGCUACCAGGGAUGGGGUGCAUCGCAACCCCAACAGGGCUACGGUGGUUACGGAGCCUCGGCAGGAGCGGCCAAUGCCUACCAAGGAUGGGGAGCUCCUCCGCCACAACAGUGGGGCAAUUACAACGCAACGCCCCAGCAAACUCAAGGCUAUGGUGGGUAUGAUAUGUAUAACAGUUCCGGUGCCGGAAGUGCCGGCGGAUACGGUUCAGGUAACUGGAAUUCGUGGAACAUGCCACCGAACACCGGAUCGACUGGAUCGGCCGAUAUGUACUCGAGGCCACAGUCCGGUCCAGCGGCUGGCCCGGCUGGUUCGGCUGGCGGCCCAACUGCAGGUGGACCAUCGAAACCGGGAUCCGAAUACGGCGGUGGAUCGGCGUACGGUUCCGGUGCUGCUGGCGGCUACGGUGGCUACUAUCAGAAUGAACAGAACACGGCCGCCGCUGCCUACAAUAGGCCACGGUCCGCCUACGGUGGAGGCAACGAUGCCUCCUCGCAGCCACCCUAUCCAGCAUUUUGAGAGAUGAUGACGCCGACGACGACGAGCAGGAUGCAACCGCCGCCGCCGCCUCAGCUGCAGCAGAUCUCCAGUGGGGCCAAUCCGACAGUUGCAUCCGCCGCUUUCGAUCGCAGCCUGAUUGGAACGAAGUCGUAAAAGAUGAAGUUAAGCUCAUAAGUGGAUGAGGAAGAAGUGGAUUUUUUCUUAUUAUUUUUUAAACUUGAAAACAAAACUAAUUAUACAUAUUAUAUAUUAUAACGGAAGAGGUAGAAGAUGAAAAAGCACUAUCUAAGAAGAAGGCAAAAAUUAUAAAUAUAUUAUUAAUGAAGCAAAAAGAAUAAAAUGAACGCAGAGAAGAAUACAACAAAACAAAACACACAAUUGGAAGAAAGGCAAAAGAUUAAUAUAAACAAGAAAGUAUAAGCAUAAACACACAAACACACACUCACUCACAGAAACUGAAGUAAAAUACGUCUAUAUUCUUAAUAUAAAUGAAACAAACACUGAAGAAAAAACCCUUUAUUGAUUAGUGUUAGGAGUGAAGCAAAACAACAAUACAAAAUUGUUCAUAAAAACACACGCACUCACAUGAUUAUACAACAAAUGAUAUGAAUAAACAUGGAAGUGAAAACCGAACUAACACCGACUUGUUGCAAGCAAAUUUAUUACUAUCAAGAAAAUUCACACCUCUCAAACACACGCGCACACAUACACAUUUCGCGGUGCACCUCGAUUUAGGUUAUCAGAAAACGGUGUCCUUAAUCCAUCGUAAUCCUUGAAAAUACGAUUGAUAGGCUAAGAUGUGAUGGAGAUUACUUUUUCCAAUAACUUCGAUCAAGAGAGCACCGUGACGCACUCCCACACACACACAGACAAGAUUGAUUGGUUCAAAUCCCCCCGCUUACUUCGACCCGGGUCUCACAGCUCACUCUCUCGUUUUUAAGAAUUCACCAGAAGACUAGACUUAACGGUAUAAUUAAAAACACACUGAAGAAAAAAGUGACUGCAAAAAAAAUGGAAAAACAUGUUACUUCGAUGAACAAAAAAAAACUUUAUUUCUUUUUCUAAACCGAUUGGGACAGCCCGACCUGUGCCGCCCACGUUCCACAACCAAACGUUGUUGACUUUUUCUUGGUUUGUUCGCAGCCGUUUGUGGAACCGUGGGGCGGUGUUUGGAGAAAACAAAACAAACAAAAAAAACAGCAAAACCCCCGUCGCCUCAUAAGUGUGUACCGAACGCACGCUCGUACGUACGUUACUUCUAUCUUUUAGUUGACUUUUUUUUUGGUUUAGUUCGCGUUUGCCCGCCCCCACCUCUGUAAUAAGGUUUUUGUUUGUUUGCUUUAGAAACGGAACGAUAAGGACAUUUUCUAUAUAAACGUUAUUAAAUUUCUGUAAGGGAAAAAUGAAAUGAUGCGAAUACUUAAUCAGGUACCCAUAAUAAUAGUUGAAGCUGAGUGGAUGCAGUGCAGCAGAAGAGUUUUUAAGACCCCCGCCUACUGUUUUUAUCUUUGUCUAUUGUUUAUAAGAGUAAAUGUGUAAAGAAAGUUGAGACUAGAGAUCAGGAGAGCAAGUGAUAAUUUUUCGUUUAAUUUUCGUUUUCGCGAUUAAGGUUAUGGAACACACACCUACAAAGUACUGCGCCCUCCCUUAAGGAGGUCUAGAAGAGACACAAACAAGCAUUAACAUAACAUUUAACCUAAAAAAAUCGAAGCAAACUGCUAGUUGAUAACAAUGAUGAUGAUGAGACUUGAAUUUCCGGCAGACCAGAGGACCCUUUUUAUCUCGAGUCUGCCGGAAGAAACUUUCGCGUAACUAAUUCUUAAGUUUUUCGUCGUUCGUCGGUUAAGGACCCUAAUCUUUAUGUGCGAGAAAGUUCGUUUUUUUUUUGGUAAAUACAUAUAGGACACGCACUUCCCUCUCUGUGCGAAGACGUCAACACACAAAUACUGCUACACCUAGGAUCAAACAAACUAGUAAGAAAAAGAGGUAAUAAGUGAGAGAUAUUUUUAAAAGUUCGGCCCGCCCUGCUAGGUGAUCUCGGCCGGAGGUCGGGCCGGCGUGAGACUCUAGUGUUUUUUUUUGUUUUUCGUUGGUAAGUGACCGAAAGUUGCGCGUAUUUUUCGGAUAUAAUGUAACGUUACGAUACAGUUAAUCUAUGUACGGACCCCCGCAAAAUCCUUUUAAUCAAACAAAGGUCGUGUUAAGCUUAACUUUAGAGAACAAGAGAUUGACGAAAGCGCGAGAGAGAGAGGUUAACUCUUUGAUUUGUUGUUUUUUUAUAAUUUAAAAACUGAAACCUUUAAAUCGAUAUAUUUGAGAUAGAAAGACCAUAACAUAGCAGAAGUAACGCAUACACUGGGACAAAACUGCGGUGCGGAACGAGAGAAAGAGUCUAGCGAUAAAUUAUUAUGGGUAAGUUUGAUAAGAUCACACACAUACACAAACUAAAAGUAAAGUAAAGUAAAACGACAGCAACCAUCAAUAAAAAUUAGAGAUCAAAUAAUCGCGUUGUCUGUAAGUGAAAAGAAAUGCAAAUUUAUCUUAUAAAUCGUACACAUAGUUGAAAAUCACCUGAUUAAGAGAGAUAGUGAAAGAUAAAACUAGCGGAUUAUUUCUUGCGUUUUUGUUUUCCCCCACAAAAAGAAGCAAACCAAGAAGGUUAAGGAAACUCUUAGAAAAAGAAAUAAGUUGUACUUCUAAUUCUAAUCUAUAAAAUUUCCAUUUAAGAAGCAACCAAAAUGCGAAACAAAUAAUACAAAAAAAAACGCAUAGCAUUCAUUGAACAAACUUAAAAAUAAAAGUAACAUUAACAAAAACAAGAAAACCAAGCAUCAGUGAGAGAGAACUUAAGCAAACAAAGAUUGACCCACAAUCCCCCAAAAUAAAACAAGAGAAAAGAAAACAAACAGCAGCCUCUCGCCCCCAUUUGUGUGUUUGACAUUUGAUUAUGUGAAACAAGUGAAAAAAAAAACUGAAAAACAAUUAUUAUUCUUCUUCAAGGACUUGUACAAAGCAGAACUUUAAGUGAACUAAAGUAAUCAAGUAAAAUCUACUAAAGAGAAGCAAAUCUUCCCCUAACCUCCUUCCUGUUUUCUGUUGUUCCCUCACCCCAACAUCCCCCUCUCCUCCCCAGUUCUAAUGUUUCGUUUUUUCCUUAUUAUGCAGCGCAGUAGUGCGAAAGGGAAAAUAAGAUAUUUUCCCUCCUGAAUAAUCAUGUUUUAGUUUUCCUUAGACACUUAGACACGUACACACUCACAGAGAGAAAGGAAAACCCCCCUCUUCAAAUUAAGCAAACCCAGAUUAAAUCUAACACUAUUUUAUAUAUGAUGAAAAGAGGAAAAUAAUAUACCACAAGUCGUUCUUUGUUUUCUUAAAUUUUUAUUGUUUCGGAUGAGGGUGUGAAAAGUUUUUUAGUUCCCUAUAUUUUUGCGCUAUUAUUUUAUUCCUGUUUUUUACAAGAACAAACCACAAAUAAUAAUUAUAAAAACCCCAAAAAAAAAUCAUAUACAUAUAUAUUAAUCAUGAAAGUAUCACUUUUUCGUUUAUAUUUUUAUUUGUCGUCUUCAACUAAUAACAAUGGAAUGAUGAAAUAUUCUUUUUUUUUUGUUUGCUACUAUUGAAAAGAGAAGCAGCAGCCGCAAAGAUAAUCUGAUUAUUAUUUUUUUUGUGAAGUGAGGACUAUUCCUGUUCAAUUCGAAUUAAAAGAAGGUCUAAUAAAAACGAUGAAAAAUGAUAAACUGA